UCGGGGCGAGCGCCGGACUGUGCGCGCGCAGAUCGAACUGGUUUCAAGCGCAAGGGGGUCGUGGGCGCCAGCCUCCCAGUCGAUAGGGAGCCCACGGCCGGAAGGGACGCUGGUGCUUCUGAGGGCCGCGGUGCGCGCGUGUGUGUGUUUGACGGUGCUAGCAGGAUUGUUCGUAGUCCCGGUGGGUACUCGCUGAGGCUGCCUCGUGGCGCGGCGUCCCGAGGGAGCAGUGCAUGAUACUUGUGUGUGUUGCUGUAUUGGUGCUGGUCCGAGGCACUCAAGUGUUGGCUGGAGCGGCAGGGCUGCCGUGGUGACCGGAGCUGUGGAACUGAAGGGCCCAGAGUGGCGGAUCUGGAGCCAGAGCCCGAACCGACGGUACUCUGCCAUCAUGAUGGUGGCUGGCGGGGAACGGUGAUGAUGCUUGCUGGCUCUAAUGUUUGCUCAGGCAGUGGCAGGCGAGUGGUUAGCCCCUCAGGGGACUCCAACAGCACCAAAUUCAACAGCUACAGCAUCAGCAACGGAAGUGGCAGGAAAAGCAUCCUCAGCAUCAGCAAUAUCGAGCAUGGGGCCCACACCGCCCACCGCUUCUCCAGUCUCUCUCCGAAAGCAGCUCUCUCUCUUGGUAAUCAUGCCGUCGCUGGCCUGCUUAGUCCUGGCGCUGUUGGUGCUGCCCUCGUCAGUCGUAGCCACUGCUUCCUCGUCUUCGUCCUCCUCUUCAUCCUCAGGGUUAAGCGAAUCUCCGCGAGCAGACGACAUUCCUGAUUUCUACGAUGAUUACAUGAGUGAUGACAAUAACGCUUAUCUCAAUGGCGAAGUGCGGCGCCUGCUAAACGAACACGUGGAGAACCGGCAAUUCGUGAAGUCUGUGGAGUCACAGUACUACCAGAUCACAUACCCGGUGCAGCUGCAGAGACACGGCAAGUCCCAGGGCAUCUCCACCCGGGACGCCAGCAAGAUUAACGAGGAGUUAUGGCAGGAUGCGAGCGAUGGCAAGAGUAACCAUAUCCACCGCACUUCCUACAGAAUAAAAGCCUUCAGCCAUGUCUUCACGGUCGACCUUGAGCUCAACACGCAACUGCUUUCCCCCAACCUGGUCGCCCACCACCGCAUGAGAGAUCGCUCCAGCAACAUUGACCGCAACCUGGAGCACUGCUACUACCACGGCACGGUGAAGGACUACUCGGGCGCCAUCGCUGCCUUCAGGACCUGCAAUGGCUUGGCGGGCAUCAUCCAGCUGGGCAACGAGACUCUCCUCGUCUCCCCGAUGGUUGGCGGUGAAAAGCUGCCCAAGCACCCGCAUUUCAUCAUCGAGUCGAAGAACACACACAUCAGGCAGAAGUGCGGCUACCAGAGCGGCUACGAGUGGGGCAACUGGGAGGAAAACUACAACCGUUUGAGUCGAGGCCGCAAGAAGAAGCAGGCUAGACACAGGUACAUUCGUGACGUGCGCACCACCAUUAAGUACAUCGAGACGGCUCUCUUCCUCGACAAGAAAUUCAUGGAAGACCGAAACUACUCCAGAGUGAAAGCAAUCAGUGACGCUCUGCAAAUCGCCAACAUCGCAGAUCUGUACUUCAAGACCAUCAACACCAGGAUCACCAUCACCUACCUGGAGACUUGGUCAGGCAGGAACCUCAUCGACCUGGGCAGAAAUCAACCUAUAUCCACCGCCGUCAUCAAUUUCUACAGUUACGUUGGGGAAAACCUCAAUGAGUUUCAGAAGGAUACGUCACACCUUAUCACUGGGGAGCAGUUCGAAGGCGGAGAGUCGGGCAUGAGUGUGCCGAACAGUGUGUGCACAUCCAAAGCUGCUGGCAUCUCAGUAGACCUCAACGUGUACGAGCCUCACCUGGCGGCCUCCACUAUGACCCACCAGAUCGGCCACAACAUCUACAUGUCCCACGAUGACGGAAAGCAAAACUGUUACUGUCAAGACUGGCACGGGUGUAUCAUGUCUAAAACCGUGGUGGGUCAGGACAACGUGCAGCCGUCGAAGUUUUCCAAGUGUUCGGUGGAUGACUACCACCAGUCCCUGCAGCAGAAUGACGAGGCCAGCUGUCUCCUGAGAACACCCUCCAAGUACAAAAUGCCUCGUCCAGGGCCAGGAAGCAAGCCUCCACACAUACACAACAAAGGCAGACCUGCUCAGCUGUUCCACUGUGGCAAUGGACGAGUGGACGAAGGGGAACAAUGUGACUGUGGCUCCAGGGAAGAAUGUGAUCGCAUUGACCCGUGUUGUGAUCCAGUGACCUGCCGCCUCAAACUGGAAUCAGACUGUGCCACAGGGCCUUGCUGUGAUAACUGCCGUUUGCGCCCCAAGGGCUACUUGUGUCGUAAAGCCCAAACAGAAUGUGAUAUCCCAGAAUUCUGCAAUGGCCUUCAUGGCUCCUGUCCCAUGGAUAUAUACAAGAAAACUGGGAACAAGUGUGGUAAUGGGAAAGGCUACUGUUUCAAGGGUGUAUGUCCAACACUUAAUAAUCAAUGUGAAGUCAUAUGGGGCUAUGGAGGUCAAGCUUCAGAUGAAACUUGCUAUAAACAGUUUAAUGUGAAUGGUGUUAUCAAUGGAAACUGUGGACGUCACCACAAUGGUACCUAUAUUAAAUGUGAACUUGGGAACAUCAUGUGUGGUACUUUACAAUGUCAGCAAGGAAUGGGACAUCCAGUGUCACCAAAUGCAGAUCAGAGUUACUCCCGGACUAUUGUUGCCAUGGCUGGCCAGGAAUAUGAAUGCAAAACUGUUCGUUAUGAGAUGUCUGAUGAAAGAAAAGGAAGAGGAGACUGGACAUUAGUUCGGGAUGGUACAGCCUGUGGUGAAAAGUUGAUUUGUGUCAACCAAACCUGUGAAUCAUUGUAUCCAUACAUUGAACCUGGACACUGUGAAACUAAUAAUAAUGCCCUUGAAUGUUCGGGACAUGGGGUGUGCUCCAAUGUCAACUCCUGCUACUGCACCCCGGGUUGGACUGGGGUAGACUGCUCGAUUUUCGACAACAGUUCUCUCUACACCACACCUUACCCAGAUGCUCCCCAGAGGACACAGCGUCCCACCACCACAGAGAAGAAUACUAAGAAUUCUACAUCUAAUUCCAGCAGCACACCUGGACGCAACACACAAUAUGUUGGGCAGCAGGGGAGUGAUACGGUGUACCUCGUGGUGGGGUUGGUGUCAGGAAUGGGCGGGGUGUUCUUUGCGUUUGCAUUCAUGGCUUUGUGCUACAGGUCAGUGGUAGUCCACAAAAAUUUCUCCCUGUGUCUAAGACGCAAGACAACAAUGCCCAAGUAUGAUGCACCUUAUCUCAAGAGACCAAUAGUUAAGAAACCACCUCAGCAGCAUCUUCAACCCAUGAUGGGUAAAACAGAAGAAACUCCCAUAGACUUGGGUAGCCGCAUCACAUUUGGAAACAUGCCCAGUUAUAGCCCUGGGCGUCCACCUCUGAGUCCGACACUAUCUCGCAGCAGGUCGCUUGACUCGUGCCGUGAGCACAAGCUUCAGACGAUGAGGAGGUCCGGGGCCCCAGGUGGUGGCUCUCAGUCUGAAGAAGAAGCACUACAAUCAGGGGAGGAUGAGGCGGUGUCGUUCAUUGAGCUACCAUCUAACAACUUGAGCAAGAUACCUGAGAAGGGAAUCCUGAAGAAGUCAUAUGGCCUCCUCACGCCAGCAGAGAAGGAGAAGUGGGGUGAGGAGUCCCAGAGCGACAACAACGAUGUCCUCAGCCAGAGUGAUAACAACGUUGAUACUGAGUGCCAAGUUUCGGAUGUUGAACGAACACUUAAGAGUCUGAAUGGCUAUCAUGAAGACAUCAUUGAUGCUCUUAAACGAGCUGCAUCACAUCGUUCAGGAGCAACAUCCAUGUCCUCAGAUGAGUUGCACACUGCUCAUCGCGAUUCAUAUCCACGCUUCACACCUGGAGCCACUGCUGUCGGUGGGCCAGCAGAAUUCACCAGACUUAAAGCAUCUCAUGAAAAACUCGCUGAUUCUGGAGGAGAAGACGACCAAGCACCACCCUGUGUCCCAAUCAGGAUUCGUAAUCUAGAGGACUUAAUACGCCAGCUUGAACACCAUCCAUCUCGCCACAUGUCGCCAUCAGGGUCUGAGGAGAUCAGGAUGAGUGAGACGGAAGCUGACCGCCAUUAUCGACUUGACUCCUCUUCCUGCACAGAGUCACAAGGGUAUGUGAGACCGUGGCGCCGAGGGCAGGAGUUUGGGCACGGGGACUUCGGUGGCCCUCUUGCAGGGCCUUCAGGCUCCCCAGGGACUCCCGGAGACAAAUUGGCAGAGUUGCUGCAACUGGCAUCCCCUGAAGACCACGAGAGGAUCCUUCGUGCCGCAGCCAUGCUGUCCCCAGAGAGUCCCACAAGAGGCAGAGCAGACAAUGGUGGAAUGGGUUUCGUAUAUGGUCGGUACAGACAACCUCCGAGCAGUGGGAGUGGGACAGGGUCUGCCAGUGGGCGUGGUUCAGAUAGAUUAGGAAGCGGUGGGCACGAAUUCUCGGAUGGGGCAGACAGUCAUGCCUUCACAGAGGAAGAUGACCUUGAAAGGCCAGAUGCUGGGGAAACAGCAGAUUCAGAGAGUGAUGAGUAUUCGGCGAGACCACCCAGUGCCCUCCUGCGCUCUGCAAGUGAAGAAGCACUGCCAGUCACACGCUACGAGGCUGCGAGGUUUGAGGCAGCUUCACCCAGGGAGCCACGUCUGUACUCACCACCCUCUGAUGCUGCCUCGUAUCAUGAGGAUCAGGACUUCCCGCCCACAGAGCAGCAAAAUCAAGAACCACAAGAAGUUGCAGACCCAAACCAUCCCCUCUGUUCUCAGAGGAGGUAUCCUGAGUACAAGCACUGACAAUGGCCCUAUUAGGAUGUAUAAAGGGUCAUGCUUUGACAGAUUGAUUAUCAAUAGAAAAUGCUGAAGACUUUAUGGGUAGUUGAUUAAUAUUCUUUGAAAUUUGAGUCAAACUAUCCAUGGUAAAAGCUAUAUUUUAUGAGACGUAAGGGGAUGAAUGAUAAUCAAAGACAUUGCUAAGUAAAGGGAAAGUUGAAUAAUGUUUUAUUGACUGUAAUAACCAAUGUGUAAUAAGUAUAUCAGUAAAAGACUGAUUAAAUAAUCCUGAAAACAUUUGCAACAGGUGGUUGCUUUGAUAUUUCUACUGUGUUAGUGAGGUGAGUACUGCCAUUUCAUUGAAAUAUAAACUGCCGCAGUACUGAAGUAAGGCUCCCAAGUGUCGUGCCCCAAGUCAAGACUGCUCUCAACUCCGAAACGUGUUCAUGAACUGAUUGCUAUCAACCUCUUAGUGCCCUGACUCAUGCCUCAAGGGGACAUAUGCCACUGUCAACAAUCAUAAUUUUACACUGUACAGAAAUCAUUUUUAGAAUAAAGUCAUCUGAGGAAAAGAUUUAACAGGGCCAUGGUCAUGAAUGUUCUAACUGUGUGUCUCAAAAUGCUUCUGGUGAGACUGAAAAAAUAGGAUUUUAGUUUGCUAGUGCAGACUUAGCCGUCCAGCGCACGAGUGAUACUCAAUUUCUUCACCAUCAAGAUGUCAGUUCCGUUGCUCAAACUGAGUGAAGAAUGUCAGCUGUGUAAUAUCUUGAAAUAUCAGUUUGAACAUGACCUAAAUGCUUCUGUUAAUAUGUGUAAUAUAUAUAAAUAUAUAUACGUGUAGUUGACAAGUGACACAUUUGAAAAAACACUCUCACUCUAUUUUUCAUCUAUUUUAUUUUCCACUCAUUAUCUUAAAUUUUGACAAAAGAAUAGUGAACAUUUACCAGUUCCUUGUCUGUCAGUAUCUUGUCAACAAACUCCCAGAAUUAUCACAGAAACUAUAUGUUUCUACAUACAGUUGUGUAUCAUAACACACUGCCCAUUUAAAUCUUUUCACAUCAUAGGUGGCCAUGACUGCUCACCCAGUACCUUGUACAUAUUUUAUAGACAGGGUGUCAAUGUUUGCCUUUUGCUGCACUGCAAAAGUUCAUGGCCAGCAUUUAGGGUUUAGGCUGACCUGCCAGCUGUUAUGAUUAAUACCAGCAGUUUGCUAAUCAACCCUUCUACAGUAGUAGCCAGCUGGCUGUCAGUGAUUCUCCAGAUCAGGAUCCUACUAAAAGGUUUCAUGUGAGUAUGCAAUUCCCACCUCUAAAGGUCUUGUCAUAUUUCAGGCUUUUUUUUGUCAAAUUAUCAUUCCAAUUAGAUUAUUUCUUUAAGAGACCAGAUGUAUUAAAAGUAUUCUUAGUCCAUUGUGAUUACUGUAAUUAUGUAAACAUGGCAAGCUCAUUUUAGUUACAUUAAUAUUAGACAAGUGUUGAAAUUUUCUGACAUUAACGAAGUAUGAGAAUCCUUAAUGAUCUCAUGACCUUUUCUUAUAAUUUCAAAUUUGUAAAUUUAUAUUACUGAAAAGUGUCUAUUAGAAGGUGAAAAGUGCAGUGAGUGGUUAGAAAGGUUGUAUACUGUAAUAAGACUGUAUUAAUAUUUAGGUAUUCAGUUACUGUAGACAUUUAAUAACAUCCAGCCUUCUACCCUGAUUGUAAUCAAAACAGACAUUUAGAACUGUUUUAAAGUCUGUCUGUUAUGUACAAGUCAGGAAUAACUUUCCAGCAGCUGGUACUCCAAGUGAUGCUCAAGUAUGUAACAUACAUUUGUUGCAAAAUGGAAAGUCAUAUUAUCAGUCAUUGCCUUCUGAGAAGGUAAGAUGAAGGCUGAAUUUGAGAAAUGUGUACGAGUUGUCAACUUCCGAAAAAAAAAAAAGUGCCUUCCAAGAAGGCAAAAAACCAAAAUGUUGCUGAAGAGCUUAAAGUUACCAACCAUCAAAACAAAAUGCUCCCUUGUUCAUAUCUUUGAGAUAACCCAAACAAAAGUACUUUGCUUUAUAGUUCAGUUGUGUGAUAUGAUAUGUUGCCCUACUGCCAGUUAAUUAUUAUUAACUAAUCAUAUUUAUGAAUAUUUUUCAACAAUAUUAUAGGUGCAUAUAAAUCAGUGUAAUAUUAUGGAAUGGUAAUCCUAUAUAAAAAUGCAUACUUUUAUAGAUUGACAGUGAAAUCAGUAUAUUGAAAGUAACAUUAUUGUGAAUGUGAAUGUCAGGAAAAAGCACAAUCUUAAAUGAUUUCACACCCUUUUUAUUAUUUAACAGCUUCUUUCAUAAAAUUAAUUACAUCUGUUAUGUCUCAUUAUUUAUGUGACUGAAAUAAAGAUAAAUACAGUAUUUUAUUAAAAGGCCUGGAAAUGUUAAGCAAUUACUAUUAUGUGAGUCUACAUUAUAGCAACUCCACUGUCAUCUGUGAAUAUGUUAUCUAGGUAGCUAAUACAAACUUAUUUCAGUCAUGAUAAUUAGUGAGAUAUCACACAAAAAAAAAAAAAAAAAAAAAAAAUCAAGACCUCUCUUGUGUGACUUCAUGGGGGCAAGUCUCAAAAUAUUAGAUUAGUCUAAUGCUCAUAGUUCAUACUUAGUCUAUGAAUGGCUUAAGUUAAUUUUCCAGACAAAGUACAGAACCAUAGUACUUGUACCAAUGAAAACUGGAAGUUGAUUACAUAACAAUACAAAACAUGCUUCAUUGAUCAGUCUUAUGUAGAGUAAGUGUUGCUUUAUUCUAUUAUUAUCUUCAUUAUUAUUAUUAUUAUUAUUAUUAUUAUUAUUAUUAUUAUUGUUAUUAUUAUUAUUAUUGUCAUUAUUAUUGUUAUUAUUAUUAUUA